AUGCGACAGGCUUCUCUUUUUGGUUUGCAUAGAGUACAUUUCCCAGGACUAGCAUUUAUUGUUCAGGGCUUCACAGGAAAACAAGGAACGUUCCAUGGACAACAAAUGAUUGAGUACGGAACCAAAGUCGUAGGAGGUGUAUCACCAAAUAAGGCUGGAACGGAGCACCUAGGUCUGCCAGUGUUCAAAUCAGUUGCUGAAGCGAAAGAUGCGACUGGAUGCGAUGCUACAGUCAUCUAUGUGCCAUACCAAGUAGCUGGAAAAGCAAUUGAAGAAGCUAUGGAAGCCGAGGUACGCAUUUUGCUU